GGGUCCCACCAGUUUAUCAAUCGCGUUAAGUCGUAACGGUUUUUGACUUCAUCCAACGGCCAGGAUUAAUCUAUUAUUUGUUUUUAAUAAAUAGAAAUAGUAACUUCUUCUUCUUCGUUGUUCAUCGUCUUCUCGCUCAAGAUCUCUCUCUCUCCCUCGCAGAACAAAAACCCUAACAAUCAUCUAACCGGAGAACGACGCCGCCACCGAAUCGAAGAUCUUCCACUUCCUCCUCAACAAAAAUGUCUUCCUCGUCUUCAUCGAGGAAUCAACCCAAGGAGAAUCCACUUUCUCGUCCGAGCGUAGCCAAGACUCGACCUCCACUCGGCGACGUCGUGAACCGCCGUAAUCCACUCGGAGACAUCACGAAUCAGAAGACCGGAUCUAGAAUCUCCGCUCCGUCGUCUACUCUCGUGCAUUGUUCAAAUAAGAUCGCGAAAUCAAAGAAGGCACCAAAACCUCCCAAGGCAAUCGCGAAAUCAAACCUACUCGUUCCUUACGAAGACAUCGAAUUGAAUCAAGGAUCAGAUUUGGGAAAUGAUGAUGAUGAUGAGGUUGAUGAUAUUGAUAGUAACCUCGUGGAUCCACAGCUUUGUGGUGUCUUUGCUUGCGAUAUCUACGAGCAUUUGCGUUCAUCCGAGGUGAAGAAAAGGCCUGCUUUUGAUUACAUGGAGAGAGUUCAGUCUAACAUCAGUGCUAGCAUGCGUACUAUACUUAUUGACUGGCUCGUGGAAGUUGCUGAAGAGUAUAGGCUUUUGCCAGAGACGUUGUAUCUGGCGGUGAACUGUUUAGACCGGUAUCUUUCAGGGAAUGUGAUUACCAAGCAAAACUUGCAGUUGCUUGGUGUUUCGUGCAUGAUGAUUGCAGCAAAAUAUGAAGAAGUGUGUGUGCCUCAAGUGGAGAGUUUCUGUUACAUUACUGAUAACACAUACUCAAGAAACGAGCUUCUGGAGAUGGAGUCGUCUGUUCUGAAUUACCUGAAGUUCGAAUUAACAACACCAACAGCAAAAUGUUUCUUGAGGCGCUUUGUUCGUGCUGCUCAAGGCAAAAAGGAGGUCUCAUCACUGCUGUUUGAGUCAAUAGCGAGCUAUUUCAGCGAAUUAUCUCUCUUGGAUUACGCUAUGCUUCGCUACGCCCCAUCACUUGUCGCAGCCUCUGCCGUUUUCUUGGCACAAUGCAUAUUACACCCUUCAAGAAAACCAUGGAGCUCUACGUUAGAGCAUUACACAUCGUACAGGGCUAAACAUUUGGAAGCAUGCGUUAAGAAUCUUCUUCAGCUAUGUCAUGAGAGUCCCUCAGCCGAUGUAGUUGCAGUCAGAAAGAAGUACAGUCAAGACAAAUACAAGUAUGCAGCAAAGAAGUUUUGCCCCACCUCACUGCCACAAGAGCUCUUCCUCUGAUUGGGUUUCUUGGUGCUUCCUUUUGUUUUUUCCUCGUCUUGUUGAUAGAAACUCAUUAGGUCAGACCAAUGUAUUCAGUUCGAUUGAUGUGUAGGACGAUCGUAAUGAACAUAAAACAAUAACAAUAAUUAAAAAAAAAAGAAAAAAAAAUCCACCCUCGCUGCAUCAAAAUUAAUUGAUAAUCAAAUAUAUG